UAAAUAUUGCCAUCUUUCUAAACCCUACCUUUCUAAUCUCAUUCCUGCAUCUUUUGGUCAAACAACCUGCACUAGUUGCUUUCGUCUUCUUAAUUCAUUCUCUCUCACAUUUUCUGUUGAGAAUCAUGGGAUCAGAAUCCUCUGCACAAUACAUCCACAAGGUACAACACCUAAUAGAAGAGUGCAUCGUAUUCAACAUGAGCAAAGAGGAAUGCAUGGAUGCUCUCUCCAAAUAUGCAAAUAUAAAGCCUGUUAUUACUUCUACUGUGUGGAAGGAGCUGGAGAAAGAGAACAAGGAGUUCUUCGAAGCAUACGCGAAGGAAAGAGGCGCAUCUCAAACGGAAGCAAGUGAAAGCACCCACAAUAUACUUUUGGACUCUUCCAAGAAAGAUGACAACAAUGGUGAAUAGACCCAUUCUUACAAAAAAACUACUAUAUUCGGAGCUUGCAUUUCUUGCAAUAUACUAUAUGUAUAAAUCUUUUCAUAAAUCUCAUGAAUAUAAUUCGUACGAUCAAUUGUACCAUCCAAAGUAUUUCAGUCACGAGUUUCCUUUGAAGGGCCAGAAUCAUAAGUUUCAAUCGUGAGAAAAGAGAGCUACCCCACACAACCAACAUAGAUUUACAACCAAAUAAUAUCGUGUAAUGACCCUCUCCUCACACUUUAUUUGCACUAUUUGUAUGCUUAUGAUGUUUGGAAAUGAAGGUCGGCCCAUGGGUCGCGCUGCCAUUGGGUGCUUUCAGUUGAUA